CUGCUGGAUUCAUUGUUUCCUCCAAAUGAAAGAAAAGUCAUUUUCAUGUGACAGAGCGACGAUGCAGUGGAGUCUGUUUCUGCUUCUUCUGAUGGGUCAGUGUGUCUUCAUCACAUGUCACCUGUAUGAGUACCACUUUAUUAAAGAACAGAUGAGCUGGGAUGAAGCACGGGCAUACUGCAGAGAGAACUACACAGACCUGGCCAAAGUGUUUGACCUGACAGACAUGAGAAGACUUCAAGACUCUGCACAGAAUCAAACAGAAGCCUGGAUUGGACUGUACAGCGAGCCAGGAAGAGACAACAGGAGGUGGCACUGGUCUCUGCCGGGGGAGGAAUACACUGAAAAUAAGACCUGUUGGAGAGAUGGAGAGCCAAAUGAUCAACCAUAUCCCGAGAACUGUGUGAUGACAGUAGACAAGUGGACAGAUGUUCCAUGUACUAACACGCAUCAGUUCAUCUGCUAUAACGAUACAAUGAAAGUCAACAAAACCUUUCAUUUGAUUAAGACGUCUGUGACCUGGACUCAGGCUCAGAGCUACUGCAGACAGCAUCACACCGACCUGGCCAGUGGACUCAAUCAGAUAUACAGUGAAGAGUUUAAGAAGCUGCAGAACUCUAAAGAACUGUGGAUCGGCCUGUUCAGAGACAGCUGGAGGUGGUCAGAUGGGAGUAACUUCUCUUUCAGAUACUGGGACAUGGACUCAUUUAAUGAUGGACUAAACAACAGGAAAUGUGCUACGACUGUGUUAGAGAGAUCAGGAAGAUGGAGCUCUGCUGGAUGUGACCAAAGAAAGCCUUUCUUCUGCUAUGAUGAUAACAUGAUCCUGAUCCAUGAAGAGAAAACCUGGGAGGAAGCCCUUUAUUACUGCAGAGAGAAACACCAUGACCUGGCUUCCAUUACAAACCGCCAGGAGCAGGCGUGGCUUCAGGAAAAGGCCAAAAAUGCCUCCACUACUUUUGUCUGGCUUGGGCUGCGCUACACCUGCACUCUGGGCUUCUGGUUCUGGGUCACUGAUGACGUCAUUGGAUAUAAUAACUGGGACUCUAAGAGGAAAGUCGAUGUCUGUGGCAUGUCUGGAGCCAUGGACACAGCAGGAGAGCAGAAGUGGGUCAGUAAGCCUGAUGAUAAUAAGUUUAAUUUCUUCUGUUCUAAACAUUAAAAGCACUGUAAACAGCACCAACAGCUUCUUAUCUCCUCAGCUGGUU